CGAUCCACAGGGAUGGCGGACACCGGAAGAAGACAUCCGGUGCUUCUGUACAUUCACGGGGAGAGCUACGACUGGGGCAGCGGAAACCCUUACGACGGCAGCGUCCUGGCCAGCUACACCGACCAAGUGAUCGUCACGAUGAACUACCGGCUGGGCGUGCUCGGCUUCCUGAACGCCAACGUGGCGCCUCAGACCAAGGCGAGGGUCGCGAAUUACGGGCUCAUGGAUCAGAUCGCGGCGUUGCACUGGGUCAAAGAGCACAUCGCCCUCUUUGGCGGGGAUCCCAACAACGUGACGCUGAUGGGCCAGGGGACCGGUGCCGCUUGCGUUCAUUUUCUCGCCAUCAGCCCGACUGUCAUACGGGGUCUGUUCAAAAGAGCAAUUUUACUAUCGGGUAGCGCGCUCUCGUCCUGGGCCGUGGUCGAGGAUCCAGUUUCCUACGCGCUGAAGCUCGCCAAGGCUGUUAAUUGCUCGAUCCCGGAGGAUCUGCUAAAAGACAACGAGCUCAUUGUCGAUUGUCUGCGAGAUCGUCCCCUGGAGGAACUGAUGCAAGUCGACAUACAACCGCCGACUUUUCUAAGCGCGUUCGGGCCGAGUGUCGACGGUGUUGUGAUCAAGCCCGACUUCCAGAAGGACCUGUUGUCCUACAUGGGCCCGGAAUUCCAAGGAUUCGGUCCACUUUCGAAGAAAGCGGAGCACGGUGCGCCGAUCACGAGCAACAACAAGUACGAUCUGUUAUUCGGUGUAACGACCAGCGAGGCUCUAUGGAAGUUUGCGGAGAAAGAUGUCCAGCAGGGAUUCGAGGGCGAGAGGAGGGACAGGAUCAUCAGGACGUACGUGAGAAACGCCUACGUCUAUCACCUAACGGAAAUAUUUUACACGGUGGUGAACGAAUACACGGACUGGGAGCGUACCGUCCAGCACCCGGUGAACACUAAAGACGCCUGCGUCCAAGCCCUGAGCGACGCUCAAUUCGUGGCCCCGCUGGUGCAAACUGGCGAUCUGUUCACUCUAAGGCACACAAAGAAACCGAACAAUCCUCACAUCGCUCCGAUUCCCGAGAAGGAAAAGGAACCGAUGCCGAAAACGUAUUUCUACGUGUUCGACUACCAGCUGAAAGGCGAUUACCCUCAGAAGAUGGGAUCGGUUCACGGCGAGGAAUUGCCGUUCGUCUUCGGGGCGCCGCUGGUGGAAGGUUUCGGCCACUUCCCGAGGAACUAUACCAAGUCUGAAGUGGCACUCUCGGAGAGCAUCGUGCAGUACUUCGCCAACUUCGUCAGAACUGGAAAUCCGAACGUGAUCGAUCACCACGCCCGGAACGACACGCUUCUGCCCGCCAGCCGCGAGAAGAGCCGUUUCCGUAGCCUGACGUGGGACGAAUACGACCCGGUGCAUCAAAAAUACCUGGAGAUCGGUCUUCGACCGAAACUGAAGAAUCAUUAUCGGGCCCAUCAGCUCUCCGUCUGGCUGCGUCUCGUUCCGGAGCUCCAUCGGGCCGGAAUGGAGGACGUGGACUCGAGGCACAACCUGUUUCGCAGUCACUCGGAUCCCAGUCUUUACGACGGAUCGGUGAGGCCGGACCCGUUGAGCAGGAUCAGCGAGGAAUUCAAAAGGAAAAACAUCACCACCGAGCCGCCGACCACCACCGACUACAACGCCGCCACCUGUGUCAGCUACAUACAGAGCACGAAUCUUCAGAACGUUCACAACGCGAGCACCGACACGCUGGCCAGUUUGGACGCAGCUGGGUACGCCGCGUACUCGACGGCGUUGAGUGUCACGAUCGCCAUCGGAUGCAGCCUGCUGAUCCUGAACGUUCUCAUUUUCGCGGGUGUUUAUUAUCAGCGGGACAAGACGAGGCUCGAGGUGAAGAGCCUUCAGCAGCAACAGAUGUUGAAUCAACAGUGCGGCCCACGGGGCUUCACCGAGCUCAAACAACCACCGCCGCCGCAUUCCCAUUUCCCUGGAGGCGGUCAGGUUAUCGUCGACGUUGAGAACGAGAUGCUAAGAAGGAACGUUAUGAAAGGCCCUCCGAACGAUCCCAACACGCUUCUCCAACAGGGCCAGGGAACUCACACGUUGCCUCAUCAACAUCACUAUCAAAAGCAACAUCAGCAACAGCAUGCCACUCUUCCUCGAGCUUCCGUCAUACAGGACAUGAACGCACAAACCCAAGGUCCACCAAACGGGUCCAUACACCUGACAGUACCAAGAGCACCGCCACCCCCUCGAGCAAAGAGUCCACCCGAAAACCAGCCCCUGUUGCAGAGCGCCACCGUGUCGAGUCGCGUGUCCCAGGCGGCAAUGAACGAGAUGAGAGUGUGAUGCUUGGA